AUGCAGGAAUCUAAUGUCGACUUGCGUUCUCUCAAUUACUCUGAACCAAACCCAAACCUCAUCUGCUGUGUGUGCCAAACCCCAUUUAUUGAUCCAGUAAUCUCACCUUGUGGUCAUACAUUCUGUCAAUCAUGCAUCUAUCAAGCAAUCGAAACCUCUCCACAUUGUCCAAUCGAUAGAGCACCUCUAGAAAUAUCAAACCUCAUUCCGGCCGUCAAGAUAAUCACCAACAUGGUCAACGAACUCAUCGUCCAAUGCCCUCGUCUAGAAGCAGGCUGCGACUUUGAAGGCCAGCGUCAGUUCAUACAGAAUCAUCUAGACCACGACUGUCUCUAUAGCUCAACUGCCUGUCAAAUGGAAGAAUGCAAAGAACUCUUUUACAAGAAAGAUUUGGAUUGCCAUACCGCAACAUGCCAGUAUCGUACCAUAGAAUGUUUGAUGUGUAAAAAGAUGCUACGAGCAAUCCAAUUACAAGAACAUCAUGAUGUUUGCCCGGCAGAAUUGAUCCAAUGUUCACAUUGCUCAACUUCUCAUACUCGCUCAGAAUACACAAAACAUAUCAACACAUGUCCAUUACACCCAGCUACUUGUACUCACACUCAGUUCGGAUGUACUUGGGCAGGAAAACGACAUGAACAAGACGACCACGCUCAAACAUGCGCCUAUGAAGCUAUCAAACAUUUCUUGUUCAAACAGCAGCAUACCGAACGAUCCCUACGACAUGAUCUGGACCAACUCCAACAAGAGAACCAGCGGUUAAGAAACCAACAAGACUAUCUUCGGGAACAUGUCCAGCUCACAGUUGACCAACUCUCGCUAUUCUUUCCAUCCCAUUUCCCGUCCCAGAUCUCAACCUUAGCUACCGAUAACACAUACACCCAUACAGCCACCACAGACACCACGACUCCAACUGUGGCUAACAACUCGACUACCUCAACUACCUCGACUUCCAUCUCUUCCAUCUCGUCUUCUCCAUAUUCGUAUCUACAAAACGGUUUACCAAACUCUAGCUCGUCGUCCUCGUCUUCUUCUGCCGUGCCCACAUCUUCAUCGACUUUGCAAAAUCCAAUCCGACCAAUCCUGCUGGCAGACUCCGAACGACUGGAAACAGAGCUCGAGACUCUUAAUGCAAAUCUGAUUUCUCUGGAACUCAAGCAGAACAUGGCGCUGAUGACAGAGACCUUUAGACUCCAGGAAGAGAUGCAGAGUCUGAGGGCCGUGUGUCAUGGAAUAAGGAUGCAGAUGCACUAUGUAAUGAUGGAAAGAAGAGAGUCGAUGAUGGCUAAUGCGUCCAGUACGGUUGCGAACACAAACGCCAGCGCAAAUACAAGCAGUAGUACUACAGUUGCAGGCACCAAUAGCACACCUGGAGCAUUACCUGCCCUACAACGAAUGCGCCAGUGGUUAGAAACAUCUGGGCCAAGACAAGAUACUAAAUUAUAA